AUGCCUCCUGAUGAGGCUCUGAAGCUCUUGAAGGAGGGCAACGCACGCUUCAUCAAGGGAGAGCCUACGGCAACUCGAACCAACGAGAAGAUGCGCCUGGAGCUUGUUGACAUGGGACAGGCACCACACACUGCAAUCAUUGGCUGUGCGGAUUCCCGGGCACCUCUCGAGACCAUCUUUGAUGCCCUGCCUGGUGACAUCUUUGUGCUGCGCAAUGCUGGCAACACCUGCACCCACGCCGAGGGCAGCAUGGUUGGCAGCUUGGAGUUCUGCACCGGCAAGCUGGGUGCCCGCAUGAUUUUGGUGCUUGGCCAUACCAAGUGCGGUGCUGUCUAUGGUGCCACUAACGCCUACCUGGCGGCAAAGAAAUCUGAGACCGCCAGUGUUGAGUCUGCCUUGGAGGGUCUGCUGUUGGACUUGGCCCCAGUGGCGGAGAAGGCCGUGGCCGACAUGGGUUCCCACACUGAUGCAGAUGAGGUCGCAGCCCACGCUGUGCGCGUGAACGUCUUCCACACUAUCGACUUCUUGCUGAAGUACAGCGCCCCAUUGCGGGAGAAGGUUAAGAGUGGACAGGUCGAGAUCCAGGGUGGCAUCUAUCACCUGGACUCUGGAAAGGUGGAGUUCAUGGGACGUUCUCCACAGCAGUCCACCCUUUUGAGCACCAAUCUUGGGCUUCCUCCAUCCAUGACUCGUGAGGGUGGCCGCACCUCUGGCUAUGGCCCUUCCGCACGAGGUGAGCAUGGAGUGCGCACCACUGUGGACAGUGCAGUUCCAGCUGAGGAAGCUUUGAAGAUGCUGAAGGCUGGCAACGAGCGCUUUGCUGUGGGUGCUCCUUUGGCCAAGCACGCCACUCUCAAGAUGCGUGAAGCUUUGGUGAGCCACGGGCAGGCACCCCACACCGCUAUUCUGGGCUGUGCAGAUUCCCGUGUGCCAGUUGACACUGUGUUCGAUGCCAUGCCAGGUGACUUGUUUGUCUUGAGGAACGCAGGCAACACUUGCACCCAUGCGGAAGGCAGCAUGGUUGGCAGCUUGGAGUUCUGCUGUGGCAAGUUGGGCUCCAAGUUGAUUUUGGUGAUGGGCCACACCAAGUGCGGAGCCAUUGCCGGAGCUACUGCGACCUACCUUGCCAGCAAGGAAGGCAAGGCCUCCAAGAGUGCAGGCAGUGCACUUGAGGGUUUGCUGGUGGGUUUGUCUGGCGUCGCAAAGCAGGCCGAAGAGGAGCUUGGUGUUGGCGCCGAUCAGGACCAGUUGGUGUCCCACUCUGUGCGCGUGAACGUCUUUAGCUCCAUUGAGUUCUUGUUGAAGUACAGCCCAUCCCUCAGGGAGCUUGUGAAGAGCGGCAACGUGGAAAUCCAGGGAAGUAUCUACCAUCUGGAGACUGGUCGAGUUGAGUUCCUUGGCCGCUCCCCCAGGCAGGCUGAAUUGCUCCGCUCCGACCCAAGCUUGCCACCAUCCCUCCAGGCAUUGCCCAUCCGCACAACAACUGAUGGUCCCUUGCCAUCCCAAGAGGCAUUGAAGCUGCUGAAGGAGGGCAAUGCGCGCUUCACCUCUGGUGCUGCCAUUUCAGGAAAGAUCACUCCAGCAAUGAGGAAAGCCCUGGUCAAAGAGGGUCAGGCACCCCACACUGCUAUCAUUGGCUGUGCGGAUUCCCGUGCUCCUUUGGAGACUGUGUUUGAUGCCAUGCCUGGUGACAUUUUCGUGUUGCGCAAUGCUGGCAACACCUGCACCCACGCCGAAGGCAGCGUACUUGGCAGCUUGGAGUUCUGCGUUGCAGCCCUGCAGUCCAAGAUGGUCUUGGUGCUCGGACACACAGCCUGCGGAGCCAUCAAGGGUGCCACGGCAACAUACUUGCAGUCCAAGACCGGCAACAAGCCUCAGGUCACCAAAGCCUUGGAUGCCUUGCUGGUUGGCCUCAGCGACGUGGCAAAAAAGGCGUCGGAGGAGUUGGGCGAAGGCGCAACGGAGGCGCAGAUCGUGGACAGGACCAUCAAGCUGAACGUUUUCCACACCAUUGACUUCCUUUUGCAGUACAGCCCACUCGUGAGAGAGAAGGUUGCUGCAGGCGAGGUUGAGAUCCAGGGCGGCAUCUACGACCUGGAGACCGGUCAUGUGGAGUUCUUGGGUCAGAGCCCAGCUCAGGCCACCUUGGUGAAAUCUGCUUCCACUUUGCCCCCAUCGUUGGCAUGAUUGCAACCCCUUCACUAAGUGUGGGGUUCUCUCGCUCACAUGCAGCGUGCACGGCCAAUGCUCGGUAUCACCAGAUGUUAGAUAGGUUUUUCUUGCCAAAAUGUCUCAACAUUUUCAGGCUGUGCGAUUAGCACGGGCUCAACGAUGUAGACAUAUGCAGACAACCGGAGUCUGUAUCGACUUUCUCAAGCUGCAGAACCUGCAGCUCCUGGUUCUUGCUGCAACUCCAGUUGCAGCAGGGCAUACCAGAAACCCGCAACUCUGCGAUG